CUUCCGGGUUGGCGUUGCAGUGGCGCUUCCGACUGUGGGAGCCUCGGCUUCCCAGUCGUCCGACGAGCCCGAGCAGCUGAGUCCCUUCCCUGUUUUUCACUCUUCUGGCAUCGGUGGUUUUACUUCUUCGAUUGAACCCUGCUUCCUCGACCCCCCAGGGAGGCCGCCUCAUUAAGGCGCCUCCCUUCUCUCCACGAACUCGCUCUGACAGCUGAGGAACUGGCAAGAUCCUGCUACCCAGAGGGUGAAUGGGUAUCUUUCCCGGAAUAAUCCUAAUUUUUCUAAGGGUGAAGUUUGCAACGGCGGCCGUGAUUGUAAGCGGAGUAAGCAAACACCUCCAUUGUACUAGUGUGAGGGAUGCUGUUGAAAGGUGCUCCCUUUCAGUUUCUAUCCCCUGUCACUCCUUGAGAUCAAGGCAUUGGAGGCAUCUAUUAAAAUGCAGUUCAGCUAACUGAUUGGAAUGACAGCCAUUAUGAAUAUGAAUUAGCUUCUCAGACAAGCACCAGAAAAGUGCCACUGUAAGCCAUGAGAUGUCUGGUCUGAAUUGGAAACCCUUUGUAUAUGGCGGCCUUGCCUCUAUUGUUGCUGAGUUUGGAACUUUCCCUGUGGACCUGACCAAAACACGACUUCAAGUUCAAGGCCAAAGUAUUGAUGUGCGCUUCAAAGAGAUAAAAUACCGAGGAAUGUUUCAUGCCUUGUUCCGAAUCUAUAAAGAAGAAGGUGUAUUGGCUCUGUAUUCGGGAAUUGCUCCUGCUUUACUAAGACAGGCAUCAUAUGGCACCAUUAAAAUCGGCAUUUACCAGAGCUUGAAGAGAUUAUUUGUAGAACGUUUAGAAGAUGAAACUCUUUUAAUUAAUAUGAUAUGUGGGGUAGUGUCAGGAGUGAUAUCUUCUGCUAUAGCCAAUCCCACCGAUGUGCUGAAGAUUCGAAUGCAGGCUCAAGGAAGCUUGUUCCAAGGCAGCAUGAUUGGUAGCUUCAUUGAUAUAUACCAACAAGAAGGUACCCGGGGUUUGUGGAGGGGUGUUGUCCCGACUGCUCAGCGGGCUGCCAUCGUUGUGGGAGUAGAGCUACCAGUGUAUGAUAUUACGAAGAAGCACUUGAUAUUGUCAGGGCUGAUGGGAGACACAAUCUUAACUCACUUUGUUUCCAGCUUUACAUGUGGCUUGGCUGGGGCUCUGGCUUCCAAUCCAGUUGAUGUGGUACGAACUCGCAUGAUGAACCAGAGGGCGAUUGUGGGACAUGUGGACCUCUAUAAGGGCACUUUGGAUGGCAUUUUAAAGAUGUGGAAACACGAGGGCUUUUUUGCACUCUAUAAAGGAUUUUGGCCAAACUGGCUUCGACUUGGACCCUGGAACAUCAUUUUUUUUAUUACAUAUGAGCAGCUCAAGAGGCUUCAAAUCUAAGGACGUGAGCCAAACCCUGCCAACCUUUCUACUCUUCUUUCCCCUUUUUUCUGUGUUCUACUGUAUUUUGAUCAAGUUGUAAGUGUUUACUGAACCAUUGGUCUCCCAAGGCCCUUCUGGUGGAAGAAUGAUAGGAUGGUUCAAAAUUGCUCAUGUGUUUGUGUUGCCAUGUGAACUUUUCCCUGAGAGGAAGUAUUAACAUUGAGACUCUGGCCCCAGAUUGGUAUCUUCUGUGAAGAUGGAUACUGAUGGAUGAUACUCAAAAUGGCCUUCUCUUCAAAUGUGGGUUAAAUGUAGUUUGUUAGCCCCAGACUUGGGCUAGAGCAAAAGGCAUAGGCCAGGGCAGUUACUGCUAUGUAUGUUACAGACCUCAGUUCUCAUUAAAGUAUUUAUUGACAGAA